AUGAAGACAGAGCGUAUCAUCAGAGCGUCCUCUGAUGGCUCCUGUCAAGGCAGAGAGAGUGGAAAUCUUCAAGGUGCCAUCAGAGGCAAUCAUUGCUACCAUCUACAACUAUCAGAUGAAACGAAGAACCAUACUCUUUCAGAUGACAUCAAAAAGAAGUCUUGUUUGCAGCUAAAACACCUUCCAGAAGACAACAAAGUUGUUCUGAUGAAGAAAUGGGAGGGGGAGAUAAGAAAUUUCACAGCCCCUCAUUUGAUAACCUCUUCUGAUGCUCUGUCAAAGGAGGACGGACAGAGAGUGUCCAUUUGUGAAGUUGUAAAGGAAAUAGAUGAUUUCUAUGGCAAACACAAAAAGAAAUCUGACAUCGACCCCUACUGGACAGAGCCCACUACAAUGUCUGAAGGGCGAUUUAAGCUGUCCUUUGUUGCUGAGGUCCCUGCUCUAGGAAUCGCUCGGUACCAGAUCACACAGAAGGAACAUAACUCUCAUAACAGCCACAGUAAAGUCACAUUCUACAACAGUGGAGAUCCCUCCUCUGACUCUGCAUUUAAAGUAGAAAGGAAAAGUUCUGCGGAGUUCAGCCUUGAAAACUUGUUUCUGAAAGUGACGUUCUCUGGAACCACUGGACUGCUGAGGACAGUAACAACUAAAUCCUCAGGUGAUUCCCACAGGUCAGAGGUCAGCUUCCAGACGUACGGAGCGCGCUCAGGAAAGGAACGUAGCGGAGCCUACCUGUUCAUACCUGAUGGACCAGCAAAGGUAAUCAAGUUACUGAUAGAAGUUAUUGUACAAAA